CGAUCGCUUGCCGUCAACGGCAGCCAUUCUUCUCGCACAUGUUUCUCUCUCUUUCGCACUCAUACGAUUCUUGUCUACCGUGAUUCUAUUUGAAUGAACGUUUACGUGUACAACUGGUUGCGCGGGCCUAAGUUGUCAAGCGAGAGAAAAGGAAAAAUGGCGGACGAGAAUGAGGAUCAGUGGUUGUAUGGGGAUUCGACCGAUGGAAAAGAGUUUACACCGACAUCCGUUGAGCCAGAAAGCCAAGAAAAUGAUUCGACGCCUUCUGCGGCUCAGGAAAAAUCACAAACUUCGGAAGAUCAAAAGCCGGAAGGCGUUCCCGACCCAGUAACAGAGUCACCCGAAGAGGCAGAACCGCCAGAAGAAGAAUCUCCACCCACUAACGAUAGUCCAAAUGAUAGUAAUACAGAUGUAAAUAAAAAUGGAGUGAGAGAGCCAUCGAGUCAAGAAGAUGGUGAAGCAGCUAGUGACACAGAUUCCGAUGACGACGUGCACGUUGUCAUCGGGGAUAUCAAAUCGACUCCUGCGUAUGGCAGUCUCAAUAUUAAAAGAGGAGGAUUGCUUACAAAUGCAUCAGGGGUACCCGAUAAAUUGAACAAACAACCGGGAAAAUUUAGCAUAGAUGAAUUUGAAACUAUAGGUGUUAUCAAUGGUAUGCCUGCUCAUGAAUUUAAUUUAGAUCAAUUAGAAGAUAAACCUUGGAGACAACCCGGUGCAGACAUUACCGAUUACUUUAAUUAUGGUUUCAAUGAGGAAACAUGGAGAGCGUAUUGCGAAAGACAGAAGAGAAUGAGAAGUGAAUCUGGAGUUGGUUUGAUAUUGAACGCGGGCGGAGGAGGCGGUAACGCUGGCAGUAUGCGCGUACCUCAAGUGGCGAUUACUAACGAUAACAGUAAAUAUUCCGGUAUAAUGGGACCUAAGAGAGCAGGACCACCUCCAGGAAGGAAAAUGGCAGGAACUAUAGAUGUAAUUGGUAGUUCUGGUUUAGCCUCCAGACGGAAUCUUGACAAAUCCCCGCCAAAAGGAAACGUGAUACAAGUGAUGACCGCAGAUAGGAGGGAGUACUCUAGAAAACCAGGUUUCCCCGAUAUGAGUGUGCCACCACCAGGAGCAGGAAUGCCUCCCGCGUUUGAUAUGCCCCCUCCUGGUUAUCCCGGAGAACCAGGCCCCUUUUACAUGCCAGAAACAGAUCCGUACUAUCAAAGCUACGAACCCACCCAGGAUAAUCAGUGGGGCAACGAUCCGACGUGGCAGCCAACGAAUUUAGCUAUUCCAAUGACAGAGGGAGACGACGACAAAGAUACCGGUCCCAAGACGAUACCAACCAUGGUGCCCCCUACGAAUAUCCCUCCGCUAUUACCACCCAGAGACUCUAGAGAUCGUGAAAGGGAUCGGGACAGGGAGAGAGAUCGCGACAGAGAACUAGACUCGAUGGGAAGAGACAGGGAACGAGAUAAGGACAGAGAUCGCGAUCGCGAAAGGGAAAAGGAUUCCAUGAUAAGAGAACGUGAGAGGGAAAGAGACUCGAUGUCGAGGGACGACGAAAGGGAUCGCGAUAGAUCUCGUUCCCAAUAUCGACACAAAGAGCGGCAUCGCCACCGAUCGAGAUCGCGAUCUCGCAGACACAAAUCCAGAUCCAGAAGUCCGAGUCGACGUAAGAAGAAAUCUAGACGCUCCGAGAGGGAACGCUCUAAAGAAGAAAGCGAAUAAAAAUAAAAACGGUUACUUACGAACAUCCAACGGUCACAUUGACUCGUUGAAUCUUUCAACAAUGUAACUUUUCGCGCGACAGACAUGAUUUGCACGAUAUUAAUUCUCGUUCACGUCGAAUACGCGAUUUUUAGCCAAGAAAUGAAUUAUAAACAAUAACAAUAAACUUUAUCUUUAACGGCACGUAAGUUUCGUCAAAUCAGAAUCCUCGUGUGUAGAACGCAAUCUUGUAUUUAAUAUUUACAAUAAACCGGGAUACGUCUACAAGGGAACGAAGUACAAACGGGAACGAAGGGGUCACCGAAACCACCGAAUUUAUGCCAUUCAAUGUAUGGUUUUAUAUCAUAAUGUUAUUACAGAAAUGGUAUUUUAUAAUAAUUAAAAGUAAUAGUAUUUUAUUGGUAAAUCACUCGUGGGUGAAUCAAUUGAUCGACGCUCGUGCCGGCUGCGCAACCGGACACUAGCAUCGAUCGAUACGCACACGUGUUUUUUUUAUUCUUUUUAAAGUCAAUUAUACCUCGUAUUUUUUUUUUGCAUCGAAUCUUCCCGUUUUUUUUUCUUCUUCGUUAUCGUUAAUAUCAUCAUACACAACGGAAAAAAAUGUUACAUUUGUACAGCCAUCAUAUACACGUUACAUUUAGAAUACCUUUAAUUCAUUAUUUUUUUUUUUGUUUUCCUUUGAGUGUAUGUAGAGGUGUCGUGUGUACCCGGUGUGUUAUAUAUGUCUACUGAUGAGUGAAAAAUGCUAACAAUCGAGACAAACUACCAGCACGGCCAUCUACAUUUCGAUUCUUCUUUCGAGAAUUUUUUUUUAUUUUUAAUUAUUCGCAGCUCUUUCAACGAAAUGAUCAAGAAAGCGAGCGGAAACUCGACGGAGGCGAAAACGCAGAUCACCUUACGUGUAAGUUGUCUCGACUCGGUGAAGAGGAUGACAAUAAAUAAGAUCUAAGGUAGGUUUUCCUUACAUACAAAAAAAAAAAAUAAAGAAUACAAAACACAAGCGACAGAAAGCAUACAUGUAAUAUAACCGCGUCUACUAGUUUAUAAUGUUUUCAAUACGAACAAAUAUUAUUUCUCGGUAUACUGAAGUACAUACAUACAUACAUACAUACAUAUAUAUAUAUACAUAUAUAUAUAUAUGUGUGUGUGUGUGUGUGUGUGUGUUUAUAUAUAUAAACUCGAUUAAUCGAUUAUUUAAUUAUAACUUUAUUUACUCUCGCACGAUAGUUCUCGAAAGAAGAACACCUGUCGAAACGAUUAACGAGUAUAACUCGAUGAACCGCAGGAAACCUCUAAUUUUCCUAUCCUGUAUAAAAUGCAGUUACAUCGUUACAGUUCUGUCGUCAUUUACCAUUUUUAACGUACCAUCGUUUUCCUUGGUUUUUUUUUUUACAAUACAAAUGAAAAAGAACUCAAGCAGGAAACGUUACAAAAAUUGAGAAGGAAGCGAGAAAGGAUAAGACAUAACGAAUGGCUCGCAACACUAACGACGAAAAUUAAAAAGAAACGUAACGAAACAAUAAUGCUCGAUUCUAUAAAGGAAAAUGCGCUCGAUCCAAAGAGCAAAAUAAGGGCUUGCACGAUAGUCGAAAUGAACAAGAACGUGAAGACUUCUGUCGAUCCUCUUUCGCUGUUGUUGUUGUUGUUAUUUUUAAUUUUGUUUUAUUGUAAUAAGUUAUCACGACAUCCUCCUUUCACAUUAUAUACUCAGAUUCAAAAAUCCUUUUUAUUAACGUUCUAGAAAAUAUGAAAUACAAUCGACAAAGACGCUAAUUAGUAUAUAUAAUAAUACCGUAACGACGCGUUAUCGUUCCUGGGAAUAGUUUUACAAUACAUGUAUAAUCGGCGGAAAAACGCAUCGCGCCGUCGGUUCGACAGAACGUACAAACGUAGAAGCCGGGAAAAACGGAACUCUUUGGACCUGGGCAUAUCUUGAACCACUGCCACCACGAGUCGAAAAGAAAGUUUUGCGUGUCUGUUUCGUUUGAACUGACAAGAAUAAUAAAAGUGAAUAAAAAAAUAAAAAUAAAAAAAAACAGGAAUCCUUUUUCUUUAAAUAACGCGAACACAGCGUGUUUGGAACAAGAAAGAAAACGAAUCGAGGAAGCACAGAACUUUAUGCAAGUAUUUUUGUAUUUCCUGGGUAAUCAGCGCGCGUGUUUUGUAUGUGUAUGCGUGCGUGUGUGUGUACCGUAUCGUGUGCUCUUAAAAAGUCACCGGCAAACUUUUCAAAAAAAUUCGAGUAUAUGUCGGCUACCAACGACGUGUGUGGCUAUUUUAAAAAAAAAUCUACGCUCUUUCAAACGGGUCAUGAUGUAUCGUUACUUAUUUUCUCUUAAAAUUGUUCUUCCUUUUUUUUUCCUUUUCUUUCGAGGUGGCGGUUGCUAUUUUUUGGUUUAUUUUACUCUUUUGUUACACGGUGGCUCGUUUAUCGUCGCUAGUGCAUCAUUUUAUAAACUGUUUCUUCUCGACAUGCUCUUUCUCUCUCUCUCUCUCGUUACUUUUUUUCCCAUUUUUCAUUUUAGUUUUUACUUAAAUGGUACAAUGACGUAUUACAUCUUUUUUUUUAUUAUUAUUAUUAUUAUUAUUUGUUUGUCUCUUUAAUCUACUCGCACUGUUCUGCCUGCUUGUAAAAAACAUCGUCGAAAAUGAUUCAUCUUCGUGGCUAUUUCAUCGUUUCUACUACGUUCUAUACACUAAUAUACAAGUUAUGCAAUUUCUUUUAGUUUUAAUCCGUAUGCCUGUCCGUCCCACUUAUCUAAAUUUAUCCGCUAAUAUGGAAUACAUUUUUCUUGCGUAUUUUUUUUUUUCGCUAUAUCCCUCUGCAAAUAUCUACCAUGUGUCCCAGAAGCAUCACCGGCUCGUACAUCGUUCGCAUUCGCGCGCGGAUUGAUCGUCGACGAUUUCGUGUUCGUGUCGAGUACGAGAAGAGAGCUUCGUUAAUAUAUAUAAAAAAAAAAAAAAAAAAUGAGAGAAAAUGAAAA